GUGCAUUUUUAUUUUAUGGCUUGAAAACACCCAACAGCAGCGAAGGAUAAGGACCUCAGCUUGCAUACGUAAACACUGUUUACAAGGAGAGCCCGGCAGCUGCUCUGGAUGAAUUAGCCUGGCAGAGAAGCAUGGUUUGUAUCCCCGCCCGCACUGACGUCCCGAAAUGGCGCGAUCUCCAUUCGCGAGAGCUGAUCGCCUAACUCUCUCCCUCGGAAGGACAACACCUCCCGGCCUGCCUCUCUACCAACCCCCGCUCUCCACGAGGCCCCUUCGGAACGGCAGCCGCCUACAACUCCCAAGCGGGGCAGCGGGCCCUCCAUCGCGUCCAGCAAAGGCGUUCAAACCGCGGCCUCUGGCGCGUUGCCUUCUGGGAGUCGCAGUCCGCAAGCCGGUUGGAGAGAAAGGGGCCUUUGCGCAGCCGCAGCCGCCUUCUCCGCGGCUCCUCCUCAGGGAAGUAGCGCCGCCAUUUUCUCUGGCGGACUGAAGCGAGCGUCGCGUCCGCGCACGGGAGGUAAGCGAGUUUAGUUGGACGCUGGCACCGCCGGCGAGUGUGCGGUUUUCCUCACCCGGGAGAGGGACCGAGCCGGAGCAGGGGCGGGUGGGAGAGCGAGGCGGCCCGUGGCGUCGGGGGAUAAGAGCCAGCGGGCUCCGUUUUAUCUGCUGUGGUAAACGGAGCGGAGCCAGGCUGCGAGGCCGAAGCUCCGCCUUGCCUGGGCCCUGCGCGGCGCCCGUUCCCUUCAUUGGGUCCCUGGUGAGGACUCCCUCUCCGCAUCCCCCGCCCCGGCGCCCCCUCGUCUUCGUCCCCACUUCUCUCGAGCCACUGCCGUUAACACUCUCGUUCUUUCCCCCUUCCCUUUUCCCUCCCUGCCUUCUGCUCCCGAACCGCUUUUGCAUCCCUCCAGAUCGGGCCUUGCAAGCGCAUCUCAGCAGCCGAACUUUUCAUCCAUUUCCACUCAAAAGGUAAUGAUUGAGACGGACGAUAAGGGAGCACAUUUGUUUUUGUUUUUAACCCUCCUCACGAUCUCUCUCUCUCUCUGGACAUUUAUAUUUUUGUGUGCACGCGAAAAUGUCUUUAUUAUUCCGCCCCCCGCCCCGGUUUUUUUUUGGUAGGUAUGUUAUGAAAAGGAGGCUGAACGGCCUCUGAUGCAGAAACAUCAUGAAUCCUAAACUUGUUAUCUGCUAAGGUGUUGCCUUAUCUACUACCAGCUUCUUUUGGUGGAGGUAGUGGCUUUUGAGUUACACAAGAGCUCAGCUUGAAGGGUUUCUAUGCUCCAACACCAGUGGGAGUUGGCACCAAGUGAGAGGUGGUUUUAAUUAUUUAUUUCUAUGCAGUGGAUGUUUGACUACAUGUUUUGAGAGUGUGCAUUGGGUACAUUUGUGAUAAAACUAUACUCUAAAGUUGUUUGCAUCUAUAUUGGCGUGAUAUAGUGUUUUAAGAAAUAUGUUUUAAACACUGUCUUCAGUUGUCUCUUCUGUCCAACAUCUGUGGGACUGAAUUUUAGUAUUGAUAUAAUAAAAUACCUAACGUGAACACAAAAACUUAAUUUUUUUGCAGCUUAGGCUAAAAUGAGUGGCUGUCGUGUCUUCGUUGGACGUCUAAGUCCACAUGCUCGGGAGCGAGAUGUGGAGAAAUUUUUCAAGGGAUAUGGCCGUAUACGUGAAAUCAAUCUGAAAAAUGGCUUUGGUUUUGUGGUAGGUAUAUGCGUAUUUAAAUAUUUUCCUCCCAAUCUAGAUGACUGUAGGCAGUUACAUUGUAACGUACAAAUCACAGGAAAUCUGAUUAGGCAAAAUAUCAGAAAUGUUAAACUUCCAUCUUCUCUUUAACCUUUUAGAUCUUUCUGUAAAUGGCUCUUAAUAUGUGCAAACUUCCUCUUUGAAAUUGCUAAUAUGGUAAAAUGGAAGGCUGCUUUUUAGGUAAGAAUGAAAUAAAUUAGCUUUGCAAUUAAUCAUAGCCGUAGGUUGUAUAUGCCAUGGUUCCCUCACCUGAGCCUCUCCCUCCAACCCAACAUUUCUCUCUGCUGCCAUUACAUUUUCCUUUCUCCCCCAAACUCGUAAGAAAAAUAAAAAUAUGGAACUUAAACUUAAGGUAAAUACUCAGGAUGGUUGGUUAACACUCAAAGUUUUAAGUCGGGGAGGGAAGGGGAAAACUGACAGCUUUCUUCAUAGAGGUGAACUAGCCAGGUUUGUGUGGUUCUCUUUUUGUACUGGAAUUCUCUGUUACAUGUACAAAACGAGAGCAUACUCUGAACACAAAUUACUUACAUCUUGAGGGGUUCUUAGUAUUCAGAAAUUCCAGCAACCAUUAGGUGAUCCUUCUUUCAAUGAGAAAGAAGCCAGCCAGUUCUGCUUAGGUGGGAAGCACAACAGGUUUGGUGGGACUCGUGUCGUCUUCCUGACCCAUGCUAUCAAGCAAGAGGAGAGAGGAACACAGAAGGAAAAGCAGCAGUCUUCUUUUCUGUAUUUGCCUAUCCAAGCAAACUCAGUGGGGCUGUGGGGACUUGCAUUUUCUCUUCUCUUGCUAGGCAAGCUAGGCAACUUGCCCCUUUGCCUCUGCCUAGCUGGGGUAAAGGAUACUUGGAUUCUUUCUUCCUCUCUCUGAAAUAGACAGAUAGGGAACAAAAGUCCACCCAACUAGUGCACAUCCUACCAAACAGAGGAUGAUAAAGUUCCAUUUUGGGGGCAGCAUGUGUGACUUUAUUCCCCCACUCAACAAGCAGGAGACAGGGAACCUAGCUUGCAGCUGUUUUUCCCAUGCAGGAGGGGAGAGAAGUAGUUCCAUGUGCCACCUCCAAAAUGAUAGGUAAACUGAGCAGAAAUCUAGUUAUUUCCCCUUUUCUGCAAGGCAGGAAGUUGAAUCCCACAGACGGGGUCUUCAGAGCUCAUGAACAGUGUUAGAAACUGAGAUGUGAAAGCUAGGAGUUAAAUGGCACCUUAAGCCUAAGGUUAUGGGUGCCACAACAGAAUGUCUAAGUAGGUGUUUUUUAUACAAAGCUGGAAAUGAAUGAACUGCAGCAAAAAAAAUCAUAUAUUCAUUUUCCAUAUGGUCUCAUCUGAAGACUGCAAAAAACAAAGCUAUACUUCCUGCCCACCCUCCUAAUAUUCUUAUGUGGGUCACUCCAGUCUUCAGAGAGUGGCUGGAAGUGGGGAGACAGAAAAAGGUCUUCCUUUCUUUCCACUUUGCAGACAAGCCCUGGAUUCUUCCUACACCCCCUUUCCUUCAUAUAAAUAAAUCUUUUUGGCACCAAAAUUUGCACACAUUACAGGCCUAUACAACUGAUGGCAGAGACACCCACCUUGAGUGUCCAGUUCACAAACCUAAGACUUCAUUGUCCUUCAGUGAUCCCACUCCAAAAUUGGUUUCGAUUUUAAGCAUCACUGUGAGAGAGUGAGGUAGAUAACACUUUAAAAUGCACUACUUAAACCAAACCUAUUUAAAUCAAUCUGAGGCUAUAGAGUGCAAAACUGCCUUUCUGUAAGGCCAGCUGAGAGGUGGAACCUCUCAGCUUGCCUGUAAUGAUCUCUUGGAAGUCCAGCAGGGAGGAUUUUCUCCUCCCAUGCCCUCAGCGCCAGCAGCGGCAGUUUUAAUCUUAAAUAUUAGGUGCAGCACUGCACCCAGAUCUCAGAAACUGCUCACACUAAUGAAAUUCCCUGUCGCAAAACGUGCCUAGAACAACAGGAGUUUUGAACGCUACUUAUGGAGGUUGCAUACAUAGGCUGCAUUCACCCAUCACAAUAAGCAAGGGUUGAUGGAUUAUAAUGGUAUACUGUGAAUGUGCACUGUGCUGGUACCUGCAGCCUGAUGUCUCCCACUUCACUUAUCUCCUGACAUGAGAGAGAAAGGAAAAACCAGGAAGCUGCAGUUGUUGUGACUUCAGAUAUGGGAUCCUGAUUUGUUGUUCCCAAACAAGCCAGCAUCACCGCAAGCCUUUGUUGGCUUGCAGAUCCUGACUAGUUUGGGAACUACAAACCAAGGUCUCUAGUUAGAUAUCACAGAAAGCCAAGCUUAUCUACAGCUUCAUGGGUUACUUCUCCACUCACAUCAGGAAAAGCAGUCAGGCUUAAUGUACCACCACAUCGCUUGCUCACCAUGAAUCAUAAGCAAAUCUGUCUUCUUGUGGGAACACUGACAUGGUUUUCUUGCCUGGAGGCAAUAUUUAUUUGCCCCAGGUGAGUGGUAAUUUUUCUUUUGACUUACACCAUCUUCAUCAGUAGAUUUUCCCCAUAUUUUCUUUUGACCAUAAGUCUAAAUCACAGCAGCAAACAGCAGAACUAAUGCUUUAUUCAACCUGCAUGCCAUUAUGCAGAAUGCACAGUUCUCCAAAGCUUGCCAAUUAACUUCAGGCAUAGGUGGAUGAAAUGGGAAGCAUAGGAAAAUAUCAGGUGUUUUUGUAGUCCCAGACCACUCUGUUAGGCAGCUGUAGCAUAUUGUGUGAGGCUGUUUGGUCUGAAGACUGAUGGGAAUUCAUCACUAAACCACUUCUCAUCCUGUGUGAUUUGACAGCAUGACAUGACAGCAUAGGUGUGCAUGCUGCUGGACACAGUCAGCCUGUAUCAUGAGUCCAUUCUCAUAAUAGCACAUCAUUUCACCUGUAUUUGGCAGAUUUCAUAUAUACUGAACUUGCAUUGUACAAUGGCAUGAGAUGUUACAGUAGAGGCAAGCAUUCUACUGUAUUGGGUGUUGGUGGUCUUCUAUUUUUUGUUUUAUUGUGUUUCUUAUUUAAAAUAUUUCUACCCUUCCCUUUAUUUAAAUAUUUCUUUUAAACUACAGAGCAGACACAUGUAGGCUAGCUGAACUAAUGUUCCACAAAUGCCUAGCAAAUAGAUGUUUUAGUAAUUUAAUGGUUAAGUAGAUAAGUUUUUUAAUUUGUUAUUGAAAUGAGUCAGUAGCUUCUGUACCUCAGGGGGGAGGGCAUUCCUGACAAGACCCAUUGCCAUGUUGCCACAGAAAAGUAUCUCCUGCCAGAGGAACACGUAAGAUGAACUCCACAGAACUUGAAGCGUGGGCAGGCUCGUUUAGGGAGAGAUGACACUCCUUUAAGUAGUUUCCAAGUUAGGGUUUACAAUUGUUGUUAACUUUCUCACAUAUUCAGUACUCUUGUGCUGAUAUAUACAAGUUGGGUCCAAUACAUCUUUAGAACCACUUGAGCAUGUAUAGCCUAGCCCACUCACUGAGAUCAUCUGGAGGAGCAUUGUUAAUAGUCCUCUGUGUUACAGAGUCAUGACUGUAAUAAGCUGGAAAAAGGAAUGGAAAAAAUCCCCUAUUAGGGCAAUGAGAUUUCACUCAUAAAGAACUGACUACAUGAUUCGUUCCUUCUUUUCCUUCUUAGGAAUUUGAGGAUCACAGAGAUGCAGAUGAUGCUGUUUAUGAACUGAAUGGUAAAGAACUGUGUAAUGAAAGGUAAUCUUUAAUUAUCGUAGAAUUGUAGGGUUGGAAGGGACCCUGAGGACCAUCUAGUCCAAUCCCCUGCAAAGCACACAACUAAUUGCAGAUAAAUUGCAAGUAUGUCUGCUCCAAGUAAAUUGGAUGGGAUGGUCUGCAUUUGAUUUGUGCUGCUUGUGGGCGCAGAAGGCUGGUAGCAGAUCAGGAUGCAGGAUUACCGCCUUACUUUUUCAACUGCUUUCUUUGAAACUGAAGAGCAGAAAAACUGGUGCCUACUGUUAACAAAAGAGACCUCACAAGAAAUAGGGCUUCCUUUGUUUUUGGCAGAUUACUAACAUCUUUUAAUCCUAGAUUUGACUCCCUAUAUUGAUCAGAGCAUUCUAAUUUGUGUAGUUGGUAACCCUACCAAAUAUACAGUGUUUUGUCAGGGACAACUUACCCUUUCUAUCUCCUGUGCCUAUUCAGUCUACAUAUAUGCCUUACUGAGACACUAAAAGGUUAUAUAUUUCAUUUUUUCAAGAGAGGCAAGGGGAAAGUUUGCACUCAGUAAAAUACUUUUUUUUAGCUUCUCAAGAGUGGAACUGGUUUUCCAUAUGUUGUAGUUUGACCUCUGCACAUCUUUGGGUUUGUUUUAUGGCUGACAGCUACCAGCAGCUUCAUACAUUUAACUCAGUUUUCAAAUACCUUCUAGAGUCAGUUCUGAUAAAAGGGAGGAGUUUUGCAAUGAGAAAAGCUAAGUCUUAAUUUGCACAACAUCCUUGUCUCCCCCAUGAAACUAUAUUUCCUGGGCAUCAUGUGUAAUUUACCAAAAGCAACUGGACUAAAAUUACUAUUGUAAUUUCAGAAAUAAAGUCAUUCUAAGCUUUUUCUGUUUUUACUGAGUUUUCUAGUAUUUGUAUUAAAGCUACAUUGCAAACUUUAAAGAAAUACAGGCACCCAUAAUUCACUUGCCAGGAACUCUUUGCCAGGAUGCCCAGCAGUGUGCAUACAUGUGCAUACUCUUCCUAAACUCAUUUGCACUACAGGUUGCAUAAGGUAAGAAAUAGGGAUAUUUUCAUGUGCAAGAUCUUUUCUCCCUCCAGACUAGGCAAGCAUUAGAGUGGGAGGGAGUUGGAGUCUUGCCUGUGUAUGCAAAGACUUGGUAAGCUAAGAAGAAUCAGGCGUGUCUCUCCUGCUGCUUCUUAACUAUCUUUAUUCCCCAGCAGAAAUGAGAAAAACACCUGCCACCCCCACCCAGCUCCCUGUAUAUGCAGGGUUGGUGGUAAGCACAGCUAUUGCUUUGGCCUUCUAGCUAGCCUCUGUCAACCCCCAAACUAAUACAAUUAAAAAGCUGAAAGAACUAUGAUGAUAUUCUCUCUUAUUCAGUCAUCUUAAAUUGUGUACAAUAGAUGGAUGUGUGAGGAAGUUAAGAUUUGGCAAAAAUGAGAGGGUUUUUUGGUUACACACGUCUGAAUAGACAAAUAUUUGCUUCUGUUUUCAAGUACCUCAAAAUAGCUACAUUUCAUUUAUGGAAAUGCUUGGAGGAAGAUGCCUAUUUGCUUUGUGCAUGUUUCCAGUAGAAAAAGAUUGAUGUGCUAAAGAAGCUAUGUCUAUUUUUCAUUUAAUAUUAAUAUUUCAUUUUUCAUUUAAUCUUAAAGGGUUACAAUUGAACAUGCCAGAGCCCGAAGAGGGGGUAGAGGCAGAUACCCACAACGGUUCAAUUAUUACCAAUCCUAUGGGGGUGGAUCUAGGUAAGAAAUAUGUUCUUUUUACUGCAAAGUCACUUGUUAAGCAGUUUAUAUUAGACUAUGAACAUUCUCCAUACACUCAGGAUUCUUAACAGUUCACAUUUCUAGGGGUAGCUGCAUAACAUUUUAAGGUGUUCUUAAUGAGCUGUGGUUAUUUUCCCUACCUUUCAUUACCUUUUUAGUAAGACCAAUGCAAGGAAUCUUAGGCUAACAAUCUUUUCUUUGAAAUUGCUGAAUUCCAACUACCACCUUCAACUAUAAGAAGGAGAGGUGUGUGCUGUUGAAGUCAUUAAUUAUUGCUGCACCUUGCCUAGUGGGUGUAUGGUUAGCACUUGAUACCUUUCAUGCCCAUUAAUAUAAUUAUGAUGCACAAGUAGUUUACUCUCAUGCCCACAGCAAGAGUUUGUUAUAGUUUGGUUUCAGCCUGUAGUACUUUGGUCCUGUACAAGCCUUACUGUAUGGAAUGGGCUUUGUGUGACUAGUGCUUAAUGGACUGUGCCCCUUUUUGCUUAAACUUUCGCUGGGAGCCUAGGAGACUAUAGACAAGUACUACUUCUAUAAGUUACUUGUGCUCCAAGGUCAGUAGAACCUACAACAAAGCAAAUAUGUCUACAUAGAAGACUCUAUAAGGCCAAUAUUUGUUUGAAAUACACAGUCAUUAUAGAAUGUAUUUCUGUGAUGCAUGUCGGACAGUAUAUAUGAGGAAAUAGUACUUUAAAAUAUAUUUGUCUCACAUUAAACUAUUUCACUGUGUCUACUACAAGCUGCUGUUAAGACAUCUGUUUAUGAAAUUGUUUAGACACUGUAUUGAUAAUAAUUGCUUUGAAAUAAAAUUUGCAUUUUUGCAUUUCAUUCAGAGGCAGCCUUCUUGCCGUUCUCGUGCUAAACAGAAACCAAACACAUUGGAAACUACUAAUUUUGCAUAUUGAAGUAUGCUGUUUAGAUUCUCUUUUCUUUAGUGCAGUGAUGUUGCUGCAGUAAGAGUGAUCCAAGGUCGAGGCUAAAAGUGAACUUUACUAAAGUAGGAUAUGUGACUGACGUUCAUGGGCAUCUUGCAUGGUAGUUACGUUCAUGACAUCAGGCACAUGGUGCCAGACAAGAAGAGACUACUAUUUCCAGUAGUGAAAAGUGGGACUCGGCCUUCCAGUUGGGGGAUUCUGGAACUUCUUUUAAAUGCUCUGAAGAUCUGGAUAUUCUGAAAAUGUGGGGCAUUUAGAGGUAUGCAAAUGAAAUGGAGUUGCCUCUGCUUAAAUUUCCAAAAGAUGCACUUGUUGUUGGUUGAAUUUCAUAUUAUGUAAAAGAGCCAUCAUUUGGAGUGGAUUUUGGUAGCUAGCCUGAACAAACUAAUGUUCAUACUAGCGCUUUAUAAUAUUUUGGGGUUUGAUGACAGUAAGCCAGAUCUUUUACUCAUGUAAAAUUGGGUAGAUAGUGCAUCAGCUCCCACAGCUUUUUGAAGUACUAUAGUGCUGUAGUAAGCAUGCAGUCUCCACAGCCUCAUCCUCCUGGGGUGAUUCAUGCCUGUAUGUUCAUCAUUUGAUGUGUGUUCACAGCAUGUAGGGACUUUGAAAAAUGUUAUGUUAGGUGAUAGCUUUGAAAGCUGUUUAUAUGCUGGCCGUUUCACACAUGGAGGUCAUUGACUGAUGAACACACUUGCGUGAACUGCCCCAUAGUCAUUUAGCGUGUGUCUUGCAGUUUGUGUAAAUAUUCCACUUGCCUUCCCUAUUACAGACAAUAAGCAACUGCCCGGUAGCCUUUCUCCUCAUUUAAAUAGAACACAGUCAAAUUUCUAAAACAUUUUCUGGUUUACUGAGCAAUGUGAAGCAAUCUGUCCCAGCAUAAUGCACUUUCAUUUUCCGCAUGAAGUAUAAAUGAACAAAUAAUGGAAAAAUGUGUUUCUCUUGUAGCCAGUAUGGACCACCUCUUCGUACUGAACAUAGGCUUAUAGUUGAGAAUCUUUCUUCACGUGUUAGCUGGCAGGUGAGUUGGAUUUGAACUUAAAUACUUCUUUCUUCUCAAAAACAAGUCGUCCCCUUGAAGGAGACACCAUAAAAUUUAACUUUGCAGCUAAAGCAGUCAGAACAUUUUUUAUUAAAACUCAGGCUUAAAGUUCUUUGAUUUGCAUACCAAAAAAUAAGCAUUUAAGCAGCAUGUUUUUAUUUUUAAAACUGAAGAGCUGAUUAGUGUUUCUUGGACAACUAUAAUCCUCAUCUAAUAAGAAUUGUGAAAAAUCUAUUUUAAGACAUAAUCUUCAUAAUUAAAGGCAUGUCUCAGUGGGAAGGUCUGUAGUUUGUAUCUGGCUUCAAUAGAAUGAACAGAAUGACUGCGUGGUUAAAAGAACUCUGUGUUCAUAAUGCAGAAAAUUUUAUGUAUUACUUAAUUCUAAAAGAGGUUUGUGGCUUUCAUUGCAUAGCUGGUGUGUGUGUUAAAUAACAUUCAACAUAUACAUAACUUCACAUUUAAGUAUUGCCUCUAUUUGGUUUCCUUGCAAAGACAAUGCUUUUUUACUCUUCCUAACUGUAAGGGGUACAUGACUAACAUAAACCUGAAAAUUUCAUGCCACAAAUUAGUUUGCUUUUCAGGUGCCCACAGGACCCUUGUCUUAGAACACCAAUUUCACAUGCAGAUUCAAAAUAUUUAUUCUGAAAUUGGAUAAAUGAAUCCUCACUUUCAGUAUUUCAGCUUUCUGGCAUGUUUUCCAUGCAAGUGUGGAUGUGCUUGGGUAGGGAGAAGCCUAUAUAUACCAUCUUGAGUGAAGAUUAUUCAAGUAUUUUACCAGGUGUAUACUGGAAAAAGUUGCUAUCAUUUGCUAGGUGGCACUUAGUCUGGCAGGUUUGCUAUACCAAAUAAUCCCUGAAGUUCAUUUUGAUUCUACUCUUUAGCAACGCAGCAAGCCUUCAAAGUACACCAGCUUCUGUUAUCAUUAGCCAGUGAAUCUUCAGCUGCUUCACAUACCUUUCAUUCUAAAUAUUUCGUUGUGAAACAAAAAAUGAGAUUUCAUUGAGCCAGUAAAGUAGAAUGUAAAUGUAGAAUGUAUUUUUAUUAGAUUUAUUUAUAAUAGGUUUAGGCAAGUAGCAUAUUGUCAACUUAAUAAUCUGCUUUAAAUUAGGUUCUGGUAGCCUUCAUUUUUAAUAAUAUCUAUGUGUAUAUCACUUCCUACAAAGGAGGAAUCUGCAAUCUAAAUACUUCUUUUCUGCUCUUUGGCUUGCAUGUAUGCUAACAUUUCUUGAGGCCCUGAACAAUAUUUCACCUAUUAACUUAUGGGUAUAAUGGUUGCAUCCACAGUGAAGACUAAAUUUUUUGUUUUUUAAAAAAAGCUGAUUCUGGUGUCCUGAGUUCUCUUGUAAUUUCCUUUUGACUAGUUGCUGUUGUGCUUAAAUGAGGGGCAAUUAUUACCUUGAUCUUAGCACUACUGUCAUCAGUGCAUGAUUUGUCACUUUACCUAACCUCAGUUUUGUCUUCAUUUUCAUUUGUAAAUUUCAACAUGGGGAAUGCCUAGCUUUUUAACAGUGCUCUAAACAUGUGUUCAUCAAACAGGGCUUUCUUUGGAACCCAAAGGAGGAAGGAAAGGGAAGGAACAGGUUGUAAAUAAUUGCACAGUUCAGGAGCAAGAUAGCUGUCAAGAGAAUAAUUGCAGCAAACUAUUUAGCAUACUGCACAAUAGCCUUAGCUGAAAGUAAAGAAACAGGGCUUACUAAUAUAGGAAAUAAACCUGAGGCAAGUUAGCGUUUGUUAGCUGAUGUAGUAAAUUGUAAGAAUAAUGAAGAGCUUAGUGUAGGAUGGAGAGGUCCACAUGGGUGAUGAAGGGAAGCCUGGCAUAUACAUUUGGAGUUCUCUAUUUGUGUGGAAAUACAGAACUCAACAGUUGAGUCCACUGUAGAACAAAAUACAUAUAUUGAACUACUUGUGUAAUUUGACAGGAUUAAAAUUGCUGCCUUUCCAAUAAGUUGCUCAGGGCAACCUACAGAGAAGUAUAAAACGUGAGAUGCAUAGGGUACCAGUUUUUCAGUCAUUUGACUUAUGAUCCUGAAGUCCUUUGAUAUCAACACAGGACUUUUUCCAUAGAUCAGCAUUACAGAUCCCUUUUUGCAUUUUAGAAAAGUUUUAUAAAAUAACUGGGUGGGCCUGUGUCUGGCAAUUUAUUAUUAAAGUGCUUAAAUUUGAACCAGUCUCUCUCACUCAUAUGAGAGAUGCAUGGGAAGAAAUAACUAAAGGGAGGAGAGUUGAGCACACAUGAGUCCUGAUACGUUGCAUUUGUUUUACAAGUAGCUGUGUGGAAUGGCCCACUGGGAAAAAUCCUGGGUAUGAGUCCAGUUCCACUUAUUUUUAAGAACUACUCAAUUGUAUCUAGAGGCCAUCUCGCUGAGUACAGUGGUGCCCCGCAAGACGAAUGCCUCGCAAGACGGAAAACCCGCUAGACGAAAGGGUUUUCCGUUUUUGAGUUGCUUCGCAGGACGAAUUUCCCUAUGGGCUUGCUUCGCAAGACGAAAAUGUCUUGUGAGUCUUGAGAUUUUCUUUUUCGCUCCCCCCCCCUUUUUCUAAGCCGCUAAGCCUUUAAUAGCCUUUUAGCAGCUAAGCCGCUAAGCCUUUAAUAGCCGCUAAACCGCUAAUAGCGCUAAGCCGCUAAUAGGGUUGCUUCGCAAGACGAAAAAACCGCUAGACGAAGACACUCGCGAAACGGAUUAAUUUCGUCUUGCGAGGCACCACUGUAUUAAGUUUCCAAUAGAAGACAGCCAGAUACCAACAUGCCCUGCUUAUAUAUUUCUCAGAGGCAAAGACUGUUAUUUUAUUCCCAAUAUCAAAAGUAUACUGUCUCUAAACAUGAAGGUUCCAUCUGUCUACUAUGAAUAGUCUUCCAUUUAUUUGGUCCCAGCCAAGUUUCAGUUGUCAUUGGUUAUAAAUGCAUGUCACUUUUGUGACGCUUCAUUCUGAGGCUUGUAUCUCACAAAAUUUCCCAGUACACUUUCUGGUGUUGGUAAAUGCUGUACUUGUAUUAUCAUUUGCAGCCAUUGGGAAAGCUCAUCAGGUCAUUUGAGACCAGCAUGUAUGUGCUCUGGUGGGCUAUGUCUAAUACAGCUACACUGAUGCUGCCUGGUGGGUGGGUGUAUGAUGGUGCGGUGCAGUUCUUAAUUUAAUGGAAAAUUCACUGGUGUGAUAGCACUUCCAUCGCUGCUUUUAGACUGCUGUUUAUGAAAAGCAGCUUGUAUGAAGGCACUUCAAACCUUGCCUGGCUCUGCAGAGGUGAAAUUAAAAAUAGCCAGAACCAUUUAGUAAGGUACUUCACACAACAUCUUGCUGAGUGGAGCAACUUCUGUGUGAAUCAGGCCUUGGUGCAAAUUAAGGCAAGGCAAGCAAACAAGGUAUGUUUCUGUUCUGAACAGCAUAAUAGUCAUCACUUUGCUCCUGAGGGUUUUACAUCACAAAGCAACAUUUUCUGUUCAAAUCUGUUUUGCUGCCAUGAUACAAACUACCUGCUGGUUUAUGGGAAAGUUGUACUUUUGGGAUAGGUGAGAUUACGAUUUGUAUGAGAAACACUAAAUUAUUGCAGGCAUUGGUUUAUCUCAGAGGUUACUUAGUGCUUACAGAAACAUGUUUUCUGAAAACAUCAUGACUUUAUCCUGAGGAGAUUCUGGCAAAUGUUGUGAUCAGAAACAAAAAAAUUUGCCAUGCUGCUUCCAUGGCCAUUUCUUUGCCUUCACUAACUAGUACAUAAUGUAUGCCUGGCUUCAUCAUUUCCGUAAGCUUUGAAUAGUAACAGGAAACACUUUUUAAUGCAUCCUUUCCCAUAUCAAUGAAAAACUGUUUUCAAGGUCCAUUGAAAUCAGUUUCUGGUUGUCUUGUCUACCUUAGUGGGAUUUUGAAAACUAAUACUCAUCUGCCCACUGUAGCAGUUGCCCUCAGAUAAGUGCCUGUCCUGUGUCUUUUUACUAGCCCUUUAAAUUUAGAGCGAAAAGUGGCAAAAGUGUACAACUGGGAGCAGUAGCGCAGGCAAGGUUGAAGUUGAGCUGGAUUGUGUCCUGAUGUUCAAAACUUACUAACUAGCAUCUCAUGUUCCUAGCAUGCAACCAAGCAAGCUUUAAGAUGAGAGUGCAUACAUCUUCUUUUGAAGGCCAGCACAUUCUGGUGUUUAAAAGUGUUCCAAUCUCUUCCUUAUUGAUUAUGACUUCUAAAAUCUAGAAUCCCAGUAACUUUUAAUAGCACAUAGUUUUUACUGCUGAUUUUCCCCUAACGGCUGCAAGGUCUCCGUAAGCCUAAAGCUAGGAAACUAGACCCCUUGGCUUUCUGUGGAAAGUUGUUGCUAUACAGCUACUUUAGUCUUCUAAUCUAAGGUUCAUCUAACUAAGUUCUCAAGAAACAUACUUGAGCUGUGAACAUCUGUACAGACUAUUUUGCUUGAUGUUUAUAGUGUACAUAAUCGUGUACGUAAUAGACAAGAAAUCAAAUUUCAAAUACAUGGUAUGGUUGUAUUUUUAAAUUUAGAUGCCUGCCUUUAUAGGUUUAUUCACCUGUACUAUCAAAGCUAAUUGAAUUGCAUAAGGAUCAAUGAAAAUGUUUUUUGGCUUUGUCUCCUAUUUACUGUGGAUAUAAUCAGUUUGAAGUAUUGUGAACAUCAUUUUGUAUUGUAUGUUGUGAACUUUGUAUUGGGGAGAGUUCAAUCCUACAGAUGCUGAGUACCCUGAUCUUGGCAUGCGCAAAACUUUUGUGCUCAUUGUGCAAUUAGAAAUUUCACCAUCACUGGAUUUUACAUGUUAGAGGGUGUGCAUGCAUAAAUAUCAAGCAGAUUUUGGGCUGGAGUGCUCAGUAUGUUGUAGAAUUGAACUCUGCCAUGAAAUGUCUGCUAUUAAACUUGUUUCAUGUUAGGUUAAAGGCUCAGGUUUUCAGACUGUUUUAUUCACAUGUUAGUUUGUAAAAACUAAAUUGAACUUUAUUAAACACUAAAGUAAUUGAGGCAUCCUGUAAACUGUAGCUCAGUUUUAGGCUUUUUGUUUGUAUUUUUUUUCACAAAUAUAUAUCUAACCAAGUUCAUUUUGAACCUCUUUUAACAGCCUUGCUUUGGGUUAGCCCUCGUUUCUCUUGUGUGGAGGAGAAAGAACCCAAGAGGUUGGGGUUCCUAGUGGCUGAAUUUCUAGGGCUUGGCCUGUUCUGAGUUUUCCCUUUGGUACCCAUGACACACCUAUCUUGGCGAUGUAGAUCUUGGUUGGCCCACAGCUCGAUUGGCUAGCACAGGUCAACCUCAGGUUCUAGAGCCGCUUCCGGAGACUGUGUCCAGUGCUUUCAGGGUCUCUGGUACAUCUCCCUGAAGCACAUUGCUAUGGUCCAUUCCUCUGUCCCUCCCAUGUAAGGGAGUUCCUCUUGGUCUGCUAGGCAAUUAUUGGACAAGCGACUCUUUGCUUAAGGUACCUGCUUAUAUCAUCUGACCACUUGUGGUAUGUUGUGGUAAGUAGCCUAUGGCUAUAAAAUGUCAGCUAUUCUUUGGGGCACUUUGUAAAGGUUAAGAAAUAAGUCAUAAACAACUUAUUUUAAAAUAUCUUUAACACUUAGUUGUGUAGUGUUGCAGCAUAGACUCAAGCUCAAUUACAUUAAAUGCAAGUCUCUGUUAAAAUAACACUGAGGUUGUGACACGAACUGAUGAAAGCAGAAAAGUUGUGCUUCUGCCUUUUGACAGCUUGUGACAGAAUCUUAGCAUUAACUUAAUAAAGACAUUUGUGUUUAAUUUGUAUAGACAAGAGGAAGAAUGUUUGCAGGCAAACCUUUUAAUAUACAAGUAAACUGAGACUUCAUUUAUGAUCAAAUGCUUGCAUUUAAUAACACCAUUUGUGACAUAGUUAAUAUAUGUGGUAAUCCUUUAAAUGGUAUGUUAUAUUGCCAUAUCUGAGCAAUGUGAUUAGCUUAAUUUUUCUCAUUAUAGCUGUAAUAUAUGGGAGUUUACUAUAAUUGUUAGCCAUAACAAGGAGACCUGUUUAAAAACGAUUUCUUUAGUUCUAUGCAUCAUUUUCUAAGCUGAACUGUGACUUUUACUGCAGGAUUUGAAAGACUUCAUGAGAAAGGCUGGAGAAGUUACCUUUGUAGAUGCACACAGAAACAAUCCAAAUGAAGGGUAAGAUUUGAACUUUGCACCCAAGGUAGUUAGCUUGAUCGGUUCCAAACGCAAUGACAGUGGUGUUAGUGUUGUUGCAACAUACACAAGAUCAGUAGAAUAAAAUGAAGCACUAUACUCCUGUGCACUUCUAUUUCCAGAUUGGUUGCCUAGGCAACCAUACCACAUUCUAUUUGGCUAGGAAUAAGUGAUCAUGUGGAAGUUCGAAGGAAGGUACAAGGAGCUUUAUGUCACAAUCUGGAAUUAAGGGUUUGGGAAAUUCACACCAUUGUUUACUAUAACACUGUUAAUUUGAAUAUGAGCAUUGAAGGAGGGCAGGAUCAUUGCUCUUCGGUAAUCUAAGUAGAAAAUAAGCUCUAUCAUUUUUGAACUUAAAUGUCAAUUUUGUUUUGGCUGUGCAGUGUGGUGGAGUUUGCAUCAUCCAGUGACAUGAAGAGUGCAUUGGACAAGUUGGAUGGCAGCGAGUUGAAUGGGCGCAGAAUUAAGCUAAUUGAAGAUCGCAAAAGGCGCAGGUAUGUCACCAUAUGUGAAGAUCUGAUGGACUUGGCAAGAAACAUGGCAAUCAGGGCAGGGGGUGGGAAGCAAGAUGUUAGGAAAAUGUUGCUGCCCCAAACCUUCUCAAGGUACAAUUGAACUGGAUCUCUGUCCAAGUAUUUCCACAGAUAGUAACAGAAAAUGCAGGGUGACAACACUUGGUAUAAACAAAUAGCUUCUAAAUUUUAUAGCUUUAUGGAGAUAGCCAAAGUGAUGCCCUCCCCAGGUUUGCUAGACUCCCACUCGCAUAAGCCACAGCCAUCAUGGUCACUUGGCAGGAAAGGGAGAUGGAGGACACCACCUUGGCGACCCCAGUGUAUGCAGUUGGAGAAAUUAGAAUUAGAGAAAUUGGAGUACAGACUGAGGGAUCUGUAUUAUGCCUGCUUUCUACACCAAGCAAGCUUGUUUACAGUGGCACUGAGAUAGGGAUCAAAAAAGAGCCUUGAAAUUCUCAAGAUUUUUUGUAGACUUUUAAGUAUGAGAGGGAGUCAGGGUGAAAAAGCUACUUUGGGCUGCAACAUUGCCUGUUGGAUGAACAGAAGUCAAAAGUUCCAUGUUUCUCUACUGUUAGAGGAGAAAUACCACUUUAGAUGGCAUUUUAAAAGACGACCCAGUUGUGUAGUGGGAAUAUGCAAGACUGGAUACAAAAAAGAUAUUUAUGAAUACUGGAUAUAGACUGUCAUAAGAUCUGUUCAAUCUUUAUCAGAAGCAGAUCCCGUUCACGGAGUUAUUCAAGAUCUCGCAGCAAGUCUAGAUCUGCAAGAUCUUCCAAGUCAACAAGCAAGUCUCGUUCUCGAAGCCGUACCCCUGAAAAGAGGGGCUCUCGAAGCCGCACACCUGAAAGGAAGGGCUCAGAGAAAAACCACCACUCUGGCCCGCAAAAUUCCUCUCCGUCUCCUCCCCCAGCCAAGAAAAGGUCUCGCUCUAGGUCGAGCUCUGCUGAAAGCCGCAGUUAAGGUAUUUUGAGAGGUGUAUAAAUAUUUCAUUUCUAAGUCAAAUUUUCUACAAGCCUGAAUAAGAUGCAAAUGGGGGUGGGGGGAGGGACAAUUCAUCAGGUGAGCAUAGACCUCUGAAGAGAGUAUGUAAACUUGCCCUCUUUAUAGAGUUAGAUAAAUUGUAACCAAUAAUAAAAGCAAUUUAAAUCGGCAAAUUAUAAUUACCCACAUGUACUAUGUACUUCUCUAGGUGAAGCCUUACUGACUCAAGCAGUACACAUAAUGGGAGUUUUGUCCUUAUUGUUGAAUAUGAUAAAUUUAAGACAUGGACUGUGGUGCCACUUUUCAGAGUCCUUUGGCUGUGCUUCUUGUUUGCACAUAGAAUAUCUUCUAGUUAACAUUGAGUAAAUCACCAUGGAUAGUUCAGCUGACUAUUAACAUGCUGUUUUGAAAAGUCCCAUGCAACUUCCCAAUAUACAGUUAUCCUUUAGUAGGGCACAGGUGGGUAUCUGAAUUGUGAAGGAAAUAUUUUUCCUUAUUCUUAACGAGUAUUUACAUUUAAAGUAGCAAGCCAGGGAACGUGUUUUAAUGUGUUAUCUGGUUAAGCAGAUGCUGCUGUGAAAUUUUUAAUGCUACUUUAGAGUAAGGUCUAGUCAAGAAGUACAUCUUCCACACCAAAUUUUAUCUGGACAGGGUACAAAGUUUCAUAACCCACUUCAUGAUAUAAAAAAUCAAAACAUAAUGGAUACUUUAAUGCAGCAACUUAGAGUAUUUAACCUGGCAGUCUUGCAAAGGCAUUGUUUUACAGAGAUACCCUUUGUGAAAUAAAAAUACACCAGUUUUACUGAAGUUUUUAUUUUAAUAUUACAAAGAGAGCGACCAGAGUGUGACACUUAAAUACUGCAGGUACAUGUAGUAUCAGAAGCAGUAAAUUGUCAAAUUUAAUAGGGGAAGGUUAUUUUCAAACUCAAAACAAAUUUCCAGUCAAGCUUCAUGUAAUGUGAAUUUAUUCAUGCUAAAGUGUAAAAGGGCAUUUUCCUUAGGUUUACAAAACAUGAUUUUGUUUUUGUUAGUAAGUAGUACUCUGUUAAUCUUUAACAACUUUGUGAUCACUAAACUACCUGGCUUCCACAUACCUAAAUGAGGGAAUCUGCUUCGAAUAUUUGUAAACUGAACCCUAAAAUGUUUAAAUGUAUUGGUGUGAUACAGUAAAUACAAUAAAUGUUUCUCCCCUGCUUACUGCAGCUUCAGCGGUCUUUCUGUGUUGCUCAUUAAAGCUAAGUUUGUAAACUUUUUUCUUUGUUAGCAACAGUUUUAUUUUCAAUAAAAUUGAUACAUAAUAAAAUGUUACUUUGUUGGAUC